UGACGUUUUUCUUGUGAUUUUAUCUUAGGUUAGGACUUUAAGGGGGGAUCUCAAAAUUUAGGGAGGUCCAAAAUUCCAAAUACCGACACAUCCUUCAACAAACACAACCUCCGUUGUUGCUGGCGUAAUUUUUAUAGCUUCUAAAUAUACACAAGUAGUAAUUUUUACUACAAUACCAAACUUACAAUUAUUGAUUUUAUUAUUUUACAUUUUGUCGAUCCAAUUUCACCUAAAAGGUUGUUUGUUGUCAAAAUUCAAAAAAAACCCUCUUUUAUAUAUUUACCCAAAAUUAGUUUGUUCAUAAUUUUAGUGCUUUUGUUUCGUAAUUCUUUCUCUCUCCCAUAUCUUCUACAUCUUCGCAAUUCGAUCGUUGUUUCGAUCGAGAGAGAUUUUGGGAAGAUCUGCGAAUUUAGGGAUUGAAUCGAUUCGAAUCAGAAAUCCCAUCAAUUUUGAAGUUCGAAUUGCAAUUUGACGGUUCUGGGUUGUUCUAAAUCAGAUGAUUUUGUUUGACCUAAUUGGAUCAGAUUUCAAAAUUGAAGAUCAAUCAUAAGAAACACCCACUUUUUUUCCGCCAUUGUUGGUGAAAUUUGAGAGGUUUAAGGAGAUUAAAUUGUGUAUUUGAGUUGUAUAAUGUUGAAUUAGAGGGGAGAAAUUUGGGUGAAAAUGGCAUCUGCUCAAGUUUUAUCUAAUCCAGCAGUUUCAUCUCGUAAAAAGGAUUUGGAAGCUGGUAGACGCAAGCUUGAAGAGUUCAGAAAGAAGAAAGCAGCAACAAAAAAGGCAGUAUCAACUAGCCAACCUAGUAUUGAUGAUGCUACACCAAAUGAGAAACAAAUUUCAGAAAAUGGACAAGCAUCGUCUCUCAAUGCUACCAGUGCUCUAGGUGAUGGUAACUCUAAUACAGCUUUAGGUGCUUCUGGUUAUGACAAAUCACGGGCUUCCACUCAUCCUGAUGGGUCUGAAUCAGUACCUCAUGCACAUAUUGUUACUCAAAGUGAUAAUGACAGUUCACAUGAUUUGCUUCAGAAGCUGCCGAAUCAAAUGGAAAACAGUCCUGAGAUUCCAGGCGUGAAGUACCAAACAGGUUCUGACUUUGAAUCACAAACAGGGGAAAAUGUUGGUAAAUUUGUCACUGAUAUGGGAAAAGGAAGAGAUGCAGAAGUAAUGUCAUAUAGUAGACCCAGUGGUUCUCAAGAUUAUGUUAAUAGUGAUUCUCACACAAAUCUGUAUGGAUUUGUUAGAGACUUUAGUUCUGCUGUAAGCUUUCAACAGACAAAUGAGAGCACCAAUGAUGUUGCUACAAAAGUCUCUACUGAUGGACAUGUCACCAAUGUAUCACGUCAGGAUUCUGAAUCUACGCACUCGAGUAUGAAUUUGCCAGCAUCUGCGUCAGAGCUUGAUCAUAGCCAUGCGAAGUUGAAGAAUAAUCUAUUUUCGGGGUUGGAGGAAAGAAAGCCUAGUCAGGUAGUGGGGAAUUUUGUAGGUUAUGGGAGUCAACAGGCAUCCGAAUCACAUUUGACAGGCUUCAAUUCUUAUGUUGGUGGCUCUUUGAAUGGCCCCUCAUAUUCAGCCGUGGUGGAAUCAUAUCCCCGAAGAACUUAUCCAUCUUUCCUUGAUUCUCUUAAUAUUAAAGAUUCUUCUGCAUCUGGCCGGACUUUUGUUGAAAAAGACAAGCUCUCAAAUUCAAAGCUUUCGAGCAGCAAUAUUGCUACAUCUUCUGCAAUUCAUGCUCCUUUUACAGCAUCUUCUCCUGCUGAACCACUUCCAACACCAGCAUUUUCAAAUCCAAGUGAUGAACAUUUUGGCUAUGCAUCAAUGGGACUCAAUUCAUUUGAGCAGAGCCUGGAAAAUAAGCUGGAAUUCACUUCACAGAAACAAAAUGAAGAUUUUGCUGCCUUGGAACAGCACAUUGAAGAUUUGACGCAAGAGAAGUUCUCUUUGCAACGAUCAUUGGAGGUUUCUAAAACAUUGGCAGAGUCAUUGGCGACUGAAAAUUCUUCCUUGACGGAGAGCUAUAAUCAGCAGGCAGGCAUUGUGAGCCAAUUGAAGGCUGAGAUGGAAAGGUUGCAAAAGGAAAUCAAGGCCCGACUGGUUGAGCUUGAGGCUAUCAAGGCUGAAUAUAUGAAUGCACAACUUGAGUGUAAUGCAGCUGAUGAGCGUGCAAAACUUUUGGCUUCUGAAGUUAUUAGCUUGGAAGAGAAGGCCCUUAGGUUAAGAUCUAAUGAGCUGAAGUUGGAGAGGGAAUUGGAAUACUCAAAUGCUGAACUUGCUUCCUACAAGAAGAAAAUGUCUAGCCUCGACAAGGAGCGUCAAGAUCUGCUGCAGACUAUUGAUGCUUUACAGGAAGAAAAGAAGUUGCUGCAGUCUAAAAUACGGGGAGCUUCUGCUAGUGGAAUUUCAGUUGAUUUGAAUAAGGGACGUGGAAAUAAAGAUGCUUCAACUUCUACUAAUGAUUUAGGCCCUGAGGCUACAGGUGAUAACUCUGAACAAGCUUCAUCAAACAUGCAAAUGCUUGAUGAUAUAGACAACUCGCUGCUUGUACAAAAUAGUUUCAAUAGUCAUGAAGAUUUUGCUAUGAGUAUUCCUCCGGACCAAGCGCAAAUGAUAGAAAAUAUCAAUUCACUAAUUGCUGAGAUAACGUCAGAGAAAGAGGAGUUGAUGCAAGCUUUGAUUUCUGAAGUUUCAACAAGUACGAAGCUGAAGGAAUUGAACAAGGAGCUAUCUCAGAAACUUGAAGUUCAGACUCAGAGGCUAGAGCUAUUGACUGCCCAAAGCAUGGCAAAUGAAAAUAUUGCUGUCAAACAGCCUACUGCUCUUGUUGUACGGGAAAGUGUUGCGUAUGCAGAUGAAGGCGAUGAGGUGGUGGAACGAGUGCUAGGAUGGAUAAUGAAGCUAUUUCCCGGAGGACCGUCAAAGCGAAGGACCAGCAGACUCUAAGUUGAGGACAAAGCUCAUAUUAUUCGUCGACCAUCCUCUGAAGUCUGUAGUCGCAUUUUGAGGCUAGAGUAGAGGAUAAGUACUGUAUAUCAUGUGUGUGACACAUUUUGUUUAUUCUUUUGAGUUUAAGGAAGAAAUUAAAAAUUAGCCACAUUUUCGUAGUUAGUAGAUUGUUUGGGAAAUCCAAAUACCAUUUAUUUUGAUACAAGACAAUAAAUUUAUUUUUUCCUA